UGCUUGUUUCGAUUAAUUGUCAACAGCCUACAUUAAUUACAAAACUUUAAUUGGAGAGAAUUUAUAUAAUUGUUUUCAUGUUCAACACAAUUGAAACCUUUCAGGCUUUUUAUUUUAUCAUUUAGGUAUUGUCUACAAAUUUACUUAUUCCUGAUCAGUAAACUCUUGUACAUGUUACUUUAGAUUUUGUAUGAUAAAGCUUUUUGAAGAUAACGUGAAAUGAAAUUGAAGCCACUGAAACAUGCAUUUUUAAAAGUGUUUUUGCAAAAUAAUCAGUCACUGUGAUGAAUUUAAAACAACCUGCUUGUCUUGUUGAAAUACCUUUAUACAUGCAAUUCAGUGCUGUUUCUUAUGAUUAGUUGAAAACACACAUGAAAGCAGACCAGUCUACAUGUACAAGAAUUAGGGAAGCUAAAUUCCUUCCCAUUGAAAAAUAGUGAAGUUGGAACUUGUGAUAUCUAACAGUAUUCUUUAUUUCUCUAAGAAAGAAAGAUACUUUUUUAAAAUUUGAUUUUAAUUUUGAAGAAAAAAUAUUUAAAAAUAAUUUCCCAUCCUCCCCUCUGAGUCUAAAACUUCCAAGCAGUAAUCCCAAACAAACACCUUUUUAAGGAUUGCCUUUUUGGAGGAAUUUUUGAUAAGAUGCACUUUUUACAUAUACUAAGUAUCAAUUUGUUAGUUAUGUAUAUUAAGAUUUCUAAACUAUAUACGUGCCAGGAAACUGAAAGAUAAUAUGCAUGUAUAUUCUAAUAUUCAUUAUUGCAUCAUUAUGACUUAAUAUAUCCCCAGCUUACUGUUGAAACUGAUAUUCUUCUAAUUGUUGACAUGUGACUUCCAGAUCUAUGGAAAAAGAAAAGGGAAGAAAAAGUGCAGAAGCUGUAAAGACAAAGACUAGAAGAAGGCAUUUGAGGAAAAAGGAAAUCCGACGGCUACAAGCAAAUCGGCAAAAGAAAUCAUUGACUGGUGAAGAAUGUCCCUCGGGUGGAGAAAUUGAAGAACCUCCAGUGGACAAUGAACAAGAUGACUUGAAACAUGAUAGACUCUUUAAGGACUUCAUAAAAUAUGUGAAAGCAAAGGCUGACAUAAAGAAAUACAGCAGUGGUCAUGUUGUAAACACUGUUGAUGGAAUUGUGAAAAGACAUGUUUUCCUGAAGGAACCUUAUAAGUUCUAG